GCAUUAGGCCGAGGAAAAUGAAGAAUGCAAGUUUGCCUCCUGGGGUGGCAGUCCUGCGGUGUUGGUGUGGCGAUCUUUGCAAGGUGAAGGAGGUGACGGAUUUUUCUGAUUGGUUGGGCAUGAAGUUUUUCAUGUGCGCCAAUUAUGAGGAAGAUCCUGCCGUAGCUCUUUCAGAGUACGACAAGCCUCCGUCUCCUCCGCCUCUGUGCAUGUACUAUCGUUGGAUUGACACGGAGAAGCCGGCUUGGGCAGUGACUGAGAUUCGUGAAAGAAGUCGCCGUGCGUGGAAUAGUUUAUUUGUGGAAGAGCGACGCGAGAAGGCGGAAGCUGAGGAGAAAGCAGAGCAAGAGAGAGAGUUAAAAGAAUACUAUGCGGAGCAACACCGUUUUUUUCAGGAAAUGGGAAAAAAACAGGGAAGAGGCUCGUCGCAUGGAGGAGCAGGAACGACAGCGAAAGGAGGCUCGUGAGGCUGAGAGGCAGAGAAAGAAAGAAAGGGCUCGUGAGGCCAAGGCA